AUGUCAAAUCUGCAGCAACGCCGAAAACCACAAACAGACGAGCCUACAUCAAAACCUGCUUCGGAUCAGGCUGAAAAAGAUGAUUCCAAGACGUUAAAACAGCAACAGCGAUCGUCGUCUGUUUUAAGCAACAUCUUGAUGGGUCUGGUGUGGAUCGUGAUUUUGUUUUUUGGUGCCUCGUACCUAAUCACGGAAUCGUGGACCUGGGGCUACCGUGGAAAAUGGACGAAUAUUAACACGUACAUUCCGAGAAAAGAACUUGUGUUUAGUGAAGAGCAACUUGCACGCUAUGAUGGCAGUAACCCAAACUUACCUAUUUACCUUGCUGUGGACGGCGAUGUGUUUGACGUAUCGGCCGGUCUUGGAUGGUAUGGUUAUGGAGGAAGCUACAAUCAUUUUGCAGGGAGAGAUGCAGCUCGAGCGUAUGUGACCGGCUGCUUUAAGGAACACUUAACGCAUGACCUUCGUGGCUUUUCAGAGGCACAACUCAAGGGUGUCCAAGGCUGGAAAAGCUUCUAUGAAAAUCAUCAUACCUAUUACAAGGUCGGAAGGGUCUUGCACGCUCCCAUUGAUCCUGACACACCUAUACCACCACCCUGCAAACAGAACACUCCACAAAAACCAUAA